GGGAGAGUGUAUAAAGGAGGAGAGAGCAAGUGGAGGACAGACGAGGAGCUCUCUCAUAUUUUAAUAAGAGAUAAACUUUUGCAAACAACAGACAGAGCGAUGGCUGCCAGUAGGGACCUUCUUUUCUCCCUGGUGAUCAUUUGCCUGGUUCUCAUCAGAGGUUACUCCUCUCUGCCUACCACAUCUCAAGACGCAGAGACAAAUGCCAUGAAACCUAUGUCACUUUUGACCGAGGACUUUGUGGCUUCUGAUGAGGAUUACACUCAAUAUGAAGAUCCAGUCACCCCUGUUGUAAACAUCAGAGUGUCUCCAUAUUCAAAAACUACUAAGCGAUGCGACUACAACCCCUGUCUGGAUAAUCAGAUCCCCUGCUCUGAUCUAGCAGCCUCCACCGGCUGCUUGUGUCCAGGCUUCACUUUAAAUAACCAAGUCCCCGAAGCUCCCGACCUGAGAUCAGUGUCCUGGAACGGGUCAGAGGUUGUCGUUCACUGGUGUGCGCCCUACUCAUACGUCACAUCUUAUGUUGUGACAGUAGGAGGGGUAGACACAAAGACAUUUGGGAGGAAUCAAAGGAGCGGUGGAGUUGGAAACAGGGACCACAUCGUGAAGGUUUGUGUGUCUGCCGUUAAUGAUGCUGGAGAAGGUGAGGGGUCCUGCCAGAUGUACCAUCCCCGGGACAGCAGUCUGCCUCUGACAGCAGGACUCAUCGGGGGAGCGCUGGGCCUCCUGCUGCUCCUCUUGUUGGGCGUCCUGCUUUGGAGGCACAAGAGGCAAAGGAAGCAGGAGGCCAGCAUCUCCAUGCAUGACGCAGCUGAGACACAGUGAACAGAAAACAGACUGGACGCUCGCUGAGAUAAGACUCUGUCCCAUGAGACUGCUCAUCGCAGUUAAUUAACUGUAAGCACAUUACAACAUCCGAGGCUUUCUGUACAAAGACGCUUCCAGGAGAUGCAGAAGGAAACAAAGUCCGUCCCCCCACAUGAGUAUACGUGCAGUAUAUGGCUAAUUCCUGGUUUAUUUUGAAUACCCCUCAGUGGGAAGUUUAAGGAAGUUCCCACAUCUGUGAUUUGAAAACCAGCUGCAGAAAAAUUUUGCGUGUUUUUCCUACACACUAAAAACCACUGGGUCACCAUCGCACUAAAACAACACUGCAUUUAAGACAAUGGGUUGUUUUGACCCAGUUUUAUUGUGUUUUUAAAUAUUACUGGUAAGUUAUUUACGUACUUUAAAUAAAUUAUGCUAUGGUUGCAAACCAUUAUAAUCAUAUCUAGCUCUUUUAAAAUCAAAUGUCAGCAUUUGUUAUUGUUAACAAAUGUUUAGAUGUGUAUCCGUUGCAUGCAUAUCAUUUUUUAAUGAAUAAUAAUAAGAAGAUAUUUGUGACAGCUUCAACCCUUUGAACCACAAGCAAAUUGGUUUGAUUUCUUUCACAAACACGAGGGAAAAUGCAAUGACAAACUUCGCAAGAAAUGUCACAAAUUGCAAGAAAUGAUUAAAAGGUAAUGAAGAAAAUGACCUGAAAAUUAGUUUUAAAACAGG